AUGGGUAUUCGCACACAGUGUGUGCUGAGUCGCACUUUAGACAAACCGAACGUGUUCCCGAACCUCUUGCUUAAGCUGAAUGGGAAACUUGGUGGGGUGAACUGGCAGAUACCGGAUCUGAUCAAGAACAGUCAAGAGCUGAUAAUGGUUUUCGGAGCAGACGUGACCCACCCAGCGCCUACACAGACUCAGCAAGUCCGAAAGUCAAUCGCUGCAGUUAUUGGUAGUGUGUCACCGGACCUGAUGAGAUACGGAGUGGUAAUCCGCCAACAAGCGACGACGGAGAAGGGAAAUAAGGCGGCUAGAGAGAUCAUUGAUGAUAUGCGUCUUAUCGUGAAGGAACUGCUUGAGCUUUAUUUGCGAAAUACGAAUGGUCGGUUCCCAACACGCAUGAUAUUCUAUCGUGAUGGAGUUUCCGAAGGCCAGUUUGAGAAUGUGUUGGUGGAAGAGCUGGCAGCUAUCCAGAGGGCCUGUACAGAUAUUCGUCCUGGUGAGGAGCCAGGUAUAACUUACAUUGUUGUACAGAAACGCCAUCACGUUCGAUUCAGACCGUCUGACCCCAGGGCACGAAAUGUGGAGCCAGGAACGGUGGUUGACAGGGAGAUCACGCAUCCGCGAGAGUUUGAUUUCUAUCUGUGCUCUCAAGAGGGUAUUCAGGGUACGUCAAAGCCUGCCCAUUACCAUGUUCUAUACGAUGAUAACAACUGGACCUCGGAUGCACUGCAGACGUUUACUUACCACUUGUGCUAUUCUUACAUGAGGUGUUCUCGGAGUGUGUCGUACCCAGCGCCGACGUAUUAUUCUCACUUGGCUGCGUUUCGUGCACGUGACUGGUUGUCAGAUGUUGAGAAGCCGGGAGUUUUAUUGGAUGGCAGUCGUUUCAAAGUGCACAGGAGCCAGGUGGAUGGGAUGUUCUAUUUGUAA